GCCUUGUUGUGGGGUGUAAUGGUCGGGAGAAAAAGUCCUAAAUAAUAAAAAACCCGACGCCUAACGCAAAGGGCAAAAACCUCGCACCUAAGCCAAAACGGCGCGAGGGAAAAAGCCCUGUAACCGCGAUUAAUUAAUGUGUGAGUUUGGGGGUGAGCCGGGAGACGAGGGCUCUGAUUAGCGUUUUAGGGGCGGCAGCCGCGGCCCUAACACGCUAAAGGCUCUUGAUGAUCCGAGCGUCGGCGAGAAAGACGAACAGAAGGUCGUGGAUAUCCGGAUGAGUGUCGCCCAGGAGAGUCGGAAGGUCGAGAGAGAGUCCAUGUGUGUUAAUGUAUUGUACUAUAUGUCUGCGUUGUUGGUGUAGGUGUGGGCAGUGGAGGAGGAAGUGUGAGAUGGUGUAGCGUGGGUGGUCGCGGCAGUGGUGACAUAUGGGUGGAGGUGCUCUGUCCAGGAUGUAGUUGUGGAGGUCCUCAUAGCUCACCAUGUUGCACAGCAAGCGUCACAAGUCGUCUCACUCCCCGAGUCUCUGCGGAGGCCGGGUAUCGGCCGAGGAGCUAUCGUCGGACCGCGUCGGGUCUGACGAGGGCUCCUCCGCGCAGGAGUCGCUGGCCGAGCCGCCCGCUGAUAGUUUCGUCGUUAUUGAGGACGCCCAAGACAAGACCAGCGAGGUGGCCGAGUCAGAGGCCGGGGAUGAGCUGCUGUCCGGUCAGAGUCUGGUGAUCGGUCAGAACGAGAUGCUCCUGCUGGAGAUGUUCGUCAGUCGCGUGGUACAGGAGAUGGAGACGCGCUACAUCUCACGAAUGUUGGAGAUGGACAGCAAGGUGGACGGACUGACUCAGCUCUGCUCCGGUAUGGCCGAGAGGCUGGAGGCGGCGCUGGGGCCGAGCGGGGCGCAGGAGGCGGAGACCGAUACUGAUACAGACACCGAGGCGCCGAGAAGGACCAGCCUGCCGGAAAUUCAGCAGAAGAUGGAGACCCUGAUGCACCUGUGCUCCGGACUGGCGGAGAAGGUGGACUCCCUGCUGGUGUCCUCGUCACACGGAAGGCGGCCGCCGGUAGCCGAGACACGACAGCCGGCCAGGCCGGACACCGACUCGGCAGACCCAUCGGUGGAACUGCUACAGAACGCUGGCCCCAUCGAGCCGCCCGUCAUCGCACUCAAUCGGGAGUCCGAGUUCCCCGACGGAUCCUGGCUUGGAGAUCCGUCCAACCCGCGUAUGCGCGUCCGCUGCAAGAUCCACCCACUCGAGAUGACCCGCCUGUCUCGCCACUGCCUGUCUGCCGAGAAACUGGCCGUCACCCUGCUGGACCACCUGUUUUCGCGAGAGACGCUGGCGGAGUCCAAUAUCUCCGGCCGCGGGAAGCACUGCAAGAAGCAGCUGGACCCGCUAAUGAUUUACGGCAUCUACUGCCACUUGGUGGCCUACCACAACGUCACAGAGAAGGAGUGGCAGCGCAUCAAGAAAAACCUGGACGCCAAGUGUCGCAGCAUGUGGAAGCGAAAACAGCGCGGUAAACCGCUCGGCAUGGGCAAAUACAUCAACAAACAACAGCUAGCGAAGCGCUGGUGCCCGGACGACCCACCAAUGGACCACCAGUCGGCACCAAUCACCACCAUCACCAGCACGGCGGGCACCACAGCCACCACGUCCUCUGCCUCGUCCCUGAAGUCGUGCGCGGGCGGCUCGCCGGACCUGGUGUUCCCCGAUGAAACCUCUGACGGUAUGGUGGUGAUGGAGACGAUGCCGGUCGGUGAUGUCGUGGAGGUGGGACACGCCGACUACCUCAGCACCAUGGUCGAGCUGGCCGACUUCAGCAGCGUCAAGGUAAUACAGACGUCGAUGGCGGAGGUGCGCCUUUUGGGAGGCGACAGCUCGGACUUACUACCUUCCAACAACGUCUCUCUGCACGAGGCGAGCGCUCGCAGCGACACCGAUCGGUUACAGGCCAGCAGUCGCCAGUUCAGAGCCGUCAUCAAAGAGGAACCCAUUGACGAGAAGCAGCAGCGCAUCGUGUUUGGUGGCGUCAACGACUAAGGUGUGUUCACGUGAGGGGAGCACGGUCCGCCGUUGAGAGUUGCUCGCCUCGCGUCCGAGACACAUAUGUAGAUGGUGAGAGGCUGGUUGCAGUUCCGAGUCCAAAGGGGUGGGAGGGCAAGGGAUUCAGUAGUGGCACAUAGUGCGUGGUGAUCUCAAUUCUCAAUGAAUGUAGAAAAGAAGAUACUGCAGUAGCUGUUGGCUGUAGUCGCUAUAUGCAGAUAGGGGUGCAGAGACGUUUAUUAUUAUUAUUAUCAGUUAUGUAACCGUUACUUGCCAUCAUUUCUCUGAAGUAGUCGUUUCGUAUCAGGGUCAGAAUUCACGGCACUCAGUUCAGAUAUUUACCCGAGAGGCUGAUCAGACUCUGAAGUUGUCCGGUGUUUGCUGGCAGCCGUUUACUUCCACUAUCGCAGUUUUCAUUGAAUCUUGCCAAGUAUGUUGUUUGUGUAAUUAUUGUGAUAUUACAAAUCACUUCACUCGAGCUGCUGUUCUUUAUAUUUCCGCAUUGGUUUUGUCUAUGUUUCGGCUGUCUUCAUUCCAUUAUUCUAAUAUUAUUGUUCGUCCCCUCAGCUUAUAUGAUUGUCUCCAUACAGCUGCAUGGAACAGGACUUUCGUGGACCUUUAAAUUGCGAAAAUAUGAUUUUCGCCGGUUGGUGAUUUAGAUCUCGUUCAAGUAUGAUUGACCAUAUCCAGCAGACCAAAAGAAUGGGACAUAAGUUUUAUUCUGGAUAUGGAAGCAUACAAUUGGAGGUUUUUUGUUCGAUUCUACGAUCAACAUAUAUUCAAGGACCACAUCCAUGUGACCCACACAAGCUGAAUUGGUGCAGGCUAUCUUACAGCUGACCCUGUGUCGCAAAUUAUGGCCAUUUCUCAAAGAAGGUCCCGUUAGGACAAAACAAGUUUGAUAAACUACGCUCUUUGAGUCCAUGCACGACUCUCGUUAUCCAUAGUUCUGGUGACGUCCCCCUUGAUGAAUGUGUCCCAGUUGGAUUAAAUAGAUGGUGCACAAAACCACUGCACUUAUUGUAUUGUGUCUGCAUAUUUCCAGCUGGUUCGUGAUUGUCUCCAGCCACUUAUCCCCGUGCGACGCUGCUGUUGGGUUGACUCUGUUAUGUAAUAUAUGCAAUAUGUUGAUUAAA